AUGUAAAUGAAACUAAUUAAAUAAUAAUCUGCAUCAGCUUUGAAACCUAGAGAAAAAAAACCAAUUUAAGCCUUAAAUCAACCUGUAAUAUACCCUGUUGAUGGCUUUAAACUAUCAAAUGAAUUGGCUACUGGGGGAUUUGGAUGUGUUUAUAAAGCUAUAGAAAUGAAAACAAAUAGGGUAGUUGCUAUUAAAUACUCAUAAGAGAACAUGGAAAAGGAAUAUAAAAUAUUAAGUUAAUUAUAAAAGUGCCAAGGGAUUCCCAAAGUUUAUUAUUUUGGUCAGUUAAACAAUACUUAUUAUAUUGUAAUGGAGUUCUUAAAUGAAGAUAUGUAAGCUAUUUUAAACAAAUCAAAGUAUUUUUCAAUAAAAACAAUCAUCUUGAUAGCCAUAAAAGUAAUUUAAGCUUUAAGUGAAAUUCAUAAAAAUGGUAUUCGUCAUAGAGAUAUAAAACCAUAAAAUUUGAUGACUAAAUAUUCUGGUAUUCACAAUGUAUGAUUAAGAUUCAUCUAUAUAUUUAAUUGACUUUGGGAUUUCGUUACUUUAAAAUGAUCCUUUACCUGAUAAAUAUGUUGAUGGCACAAUUUUAUAUGAUCCUCGAAUUGUACAUAGACGUUAAGAAUAUCGAUUCAUAGAUGAUAUUGAAAUGGCUGGUUAUUGUUUGGUUGAAUUGUUUAAAGGUAAACUUUUAAUGGAUUAAUAAGGUUAAUUACCAUGGUAAAAAUAUAUAGAUGGAAGAGAAUCCAGAAUCAUGUAAAUGAAACAAGAAUUUUUAGAAGCUAAAUCAACAAGUUAGCUUCCUAUUUAUCCUAUUUUUCAAUUUAUUGAAUAAAAUCAGAAUAGUAAUAUACCAGAUCACAGUAUUCUAAUUAAUUAGUUAAGAUAAAUGUUAUAAAAAUUAAAUAUUAUUGAAGAUUAUAUAUAUGAUUGGAGUUCCAAUGAAUUAUUAACAACACCUUAAUUCAAGGCGAGAACUAUUAGUUUUUAAAGUUAAAAAAGCAAAUUUGCUUCAGAUAAAUAAGAAUUAGAUAUUCCUACUGAAGGUGAAAUAUAAUUUGUCAAUGAUUAAUUAUAUAAAUUUAUGAAAUGA